CGCUGCGUCACUGCGUGAUGAGCAACUGGAAUAACUUCUGCUGAGCAGCCAAACGAACUUCUCCCCCUGAGCAGCCAAACGAACUUCUCCCCCUGAGCAGCCAAACAAACUUCUCCCGCUGAGCAACUAAACAAACUUCUCCCCCCGAACAACCGAAAUAAUCUCUCCCCCUGAACGCCCCCCAAUGAAACUUCUCUACAUAUGCGACACCCGCUUUUGCACGUUCAACUCGAGGGAGAAAAAAUACUUAUUCAAAUAUUGGGCCUACUCCUUGCAGGAUUUGCUCAAUAACAGCAGCCAGAGGGGCAUUCAACUCUGGCUCGUGUGCAUAAACCUGAUUGACUACAUCGACGUGCUAACCUUCGCUGACCCAUUCGACUACGAACAUGUGAAAAGGGCACUGGAAAAUAUAUCUCCUCAUUUUGAUUUAAGUGAGAAUAAGUCCAGACACGGCAGCGAUAUGGCAGUGGACCCCCUGAUAGCCUUUCUGAAGAACAGCGAAAACAGGGCAACCAUCAAGGAGUGCGACACAGUCGCCAUUUUAUCCUGCAAUCUUCACCUGUGGGAGGAUAAAAUUCCAGAACUGAAACUUCUCGCGGAUGCAUUCCACACCAGCGUGUGUAAAUUUUACCUCUUCAAUGUAUACAAAAACGCAGCAGACGGAAAGAACAAACUCCCUCAGCUGAGCCGUGCCUUGGGGGAGUACCCAAACUUCUUCAUCAAAAAUUUCCAGUUGAAUAAAAUAAAUAUUUUGCAAACGUCGAAGGAGAUACUAUCCAUCACGUUUGUCGUUUCGCUCACCCUGAGCUUGCAAAACGAGCUCGUACUGAAGUGUGAGGGAAAACCCCUGGUGGCAGAAGUGGGGCACUCUGCCUUCUUCGGCUUGAGCAAGUUCCCCGUUGUGUUUGACAUACGGGCAAAGGCGCUAAAGGAGGGCAUCUCACAGCACUUGAUAUAUGGGAUACCCAUAUUUUUAAGCGACACUCCUGGGGGUGAGAAAAAUUUAGUUUCGCUGGAACGCCUAUCGAGGGAGCUCCACGAAAAUGUCGAACAUAAACCCUACGGAUUUGAAAACGCAGUAAAGGGAGUCGAGCUGUGCGCGCAGGCGGGCCAUGUGAAAUGGAUAGCCAUGCGUUUUAAGAGGCUACACAAGUGGUAUUACUAUUUCGCUUUGCUGUUAUUUAUUUAUUUUUUUUUUUUUCCCCCGGGAAGCGAAAACGAGGUUCGCUUCUUAUGGGUGGGGACUCCAAUGACAAAGGCAGAGGCGUCCGUGGCCCUAUGUUUACACGGACUAGCCACCCAAGAAACGUAUUCCCUGUCGAUCGAAGAAUUUUACAAAGAACACGUUGAAGAAAAAAAUGAGCACCUCUCGGACGAAAAGAUAAAGGAAAUGUUUAACUUUUUAAUUUUGGUGGACGAGUUUAACCCCUUGGACUACAGCAACGAGCGGUUUCAGUAUUCCUUCAAGAGCGUUCGCGAUUCGUUGAUGCCCCUCCCCCCCAGGGAUGCGCUUUCAAAGAAGAGGGAUCGAAAGAAAAAAACGACGCUCUUAAAAUGUGCUGCCCUUGAUGAUACCCCUACGGGUGCAGAGAACGCCAUGCCGCUUGGCGGCCGUGGUAAUAUGGUCACUCGAAAGAAUAACGAGUCGACCAAAGGCAGGGAAAUCCUGGACCCUCGGUCGCUUCUCCUAGCCAACAUGAAUAAGGCUUUCCAAAAGAACAUCAUAUAGGGAGUACCUACAUGUGCGCCUCGUCAGAGAGAAGUACCUUUUUUUUGAACCCCAAUUGUAAUUGCAUCGAACUUCUUACCUUUUUUUUUUUGGCCUCAACAAACUUGGCAAUCCUUUUCAGUCACCCCAACCUUUGCAGUGAUGUAAAAGCUGCCAG